GUUGACUUCACCACCGCCAGGAUGACCACCACCAUGACUUGGCUGGGUCUCUUCCUGUUGGCCGCCUUGUGUGUCGCAGCCCCCGAGCAGUAUGUGAUGAGAGUGCCCACCCCCACCACAGAGCCGGACUGGUUCAAGACACGACCACAGAGCUUCCAAGGAUACACAGCUACCGGGGCCGCACCUUUCCUGGCACAGACAAAUCCAGCUCCCUUCGGCAACCCAGCAACCUACACGGUCAAUGAUCCGCUCGAAACAUCCCAGCCUAUUCACGGAGGCGAAAACCGCAACAUCUUCCACCACAUGGGAAACCUGAGCCCCUACUACCCCCGAGCGGACGGCUUCGGCGUGGAUGAAUACGUCCGUCCCAAAGGCUCCAACAUCACGCAAAUGCACCUCCUGCACCGACACGGCUCUCGCUAUCCCAGCAAGGAAGAAAGUGACCGACUCGCCGACUGGGCCCAGGACUUUGCCAACGCAAUCGCCCACGGUGCCGUCUUCAAAGACGAACUCGCCUUCCUCCACGACUGGUCCUACACUCUCGGUGCCGCAAUCCUCACCACUCGAGGAAGACAAGACCUCUUCGACAGCGGCGUACUCAACUUCUUCAACUACGGCCAUCUCUACACCGAGGGAACCAAGAUCGUCGCGCGCACCACCACCCAAGACCGCAUGCUCAAAAGCGCCGAGAACUUCCUCUCCGGCUUCUUCCACCUCGACUGGGACCAACACGUUAACCUCCUCGCCAUGAUCGAAGAAAAGAACUACAACUCCUCCCUCCAAUCCAUCAACGCCUGCCCCAAUGCCAUCCACAUGUCCUUCGGCGACUACGUUGACAUCCCCCUCAAAAAAUGGAAAAGCCACUACCUCUCCCACCGCACCAACCACCUCAAUCAUCUCUCCCACAAAUACACCUGGACCAUCAACGACAGCUUCAACGCCCAAGCCCUCUGCGCCUACGAAACCAUCGCCCUCGGCUACAGCCCCUUCUGCGCCCUCUUCACCUUCUCCGAAUGGCAAGGCUUCUCCUACGCCUACGACAUCACCUUCGCCGGCUACUCCGGCUUCCAAUGUCCCAUCGGCCGCGCAUCCGGCAUCACCUGGGUCGAGGAGUUUCUCGCCCGGGUCGAAAACCGCCCCUUCUCCACCCCGGGAUCCUCCUCCGCCGCAAACCUCACCCUAAACACCAACCCAAUCACCUUUCCCACCAACCAAUCCCUUUACUUCGACUUUGCCCACGACAACAUCCUCGUCUCUGUCCUCACAGCGUUCGGAUUCCGCCAAUUCGCUGACCUCCCUAUCCCGGACUUCCUCACCACCUCCUCCCCCUCCACCACCCCCCAUGACCCCCCAACCACCCACUCCUUCCAAACGUCCAAACUCAUCCCCUUCGGCGCCCGCCUCAACAUCGAAAUCAUCCACUCCCCCCACCAAAUCUCCCCAAACAGAACCCACACCACCACUAACCCGUACCUCAAAGACACCCCAGAGACAAAAUACAUCCAUUUCCUCGUCAACCAGCGCACAGUCCCGCUCCACAGUAGCUUUCCCGACGAGUAUUGUCCCUAUCGAAGCGACGGAUGGUGCGAGUUAGAUGCGUUCUUGGAUCUCCAGAGACAGAGUCUGGAGAAGGCGAAGUGGGAUUAUUCGUGUGUGGGGGAGUGGGAGUUGGGGGGUUUCGGGGAGGUGGGGGAUGGGAUACCGCUUGAUUCUUGGGGAAAAUUAUAA